AUGGUAAUAACGACAGGGUUUUGAUAUGCUCGGAACCAGUCAUGCUUAACAUUUUUACUCGUACACGUGGACCGUUGUCAUUGAAGAAUGUAUUCUCCUAGCAGAGUUGUCUUCGUGCUCGUGAAUGUAACGAACCGCAGUGAGUGAUUCAAUAUCUGAAAUCUUCAGUUGAAGGAUGAAAUAAUUACAAGGGAAACAGUUUUAGCCAUGAUUCAAUGGAACAAACAUAACACCCAUCACUUUGGACAACAUAACCCUCAUAAACACUGGGUAUACAAUUGGGUUGGUACGAUGCCAAUAAUAACUGUAAUGCCAUGGAUCGCAAUCACACCAGUGUACAUCUUCAGAAGAUACCGGUAUCAAGUCGUGCAAGGCUGGUUGAGUGGACUUUACCCCAUUCUCGUGAACCGAUGUGGAUUGCACACAAUUCAAACACACGCCUCAACAAGACUUGAUGCACGACAUUAUAAGCACUAUAGGAGCACUCGAUAUUUGCCACUAAAAUUUGCAAAUAACGUCGUAUGCCAAAUUAAUUGUCGAAAAAAACAAGAACGUAUAUAUCUUCCAUCUUCAUUACAAACUUUUAAUUUAAAUGGCCAUAAUAUUCAUUUUACUAGUGGUAAAUCAAAUGAAUCGCCAAAGGACAUUGUAUGUGUUAACAGAUCCAUAACGAACAUGCAAAACGAAAAUCACAACCAGCAGGUGUCUACUUCGAUAGUUGAGUUUGUACAUAAAGAAACAGAAAAUAACUCGCUCGCUGAUCAUAUAACUGGCGAAAACCAAUCCUCAGAAGAUGGGACGCAAAAAUGUGUACAUGGACGUCGUAAAUACUCGUCUAUGUCAGAUGAAAGAUACUUAGAGGAUGAAGAAUAUGUCGAACUGAAUCUUACUGCAUACACUGCAAAUGAUAUCAAUAAUGUUCAUUCAUCAACAAAAAAAGUUGAAAUUCUUAAACACGAUAAAGAAAGCUCAGGAACUAAAUUUACUGAUAAUAGAACUGCUUCCGGACUAUACCAUGAAUCUAAUUUGUCCAUACAGCAAACAGAAGAGACUGACGAAACGAAAUUGAUAACUGAGCCUAUAUGUACGUCUUUGUUAAAUACAGUCUCGACGCUGCAUCUUCAAAUUUUCAACAACGCAAACGACUCUGCGCGAAUAAACUCAUCGGGGCGUUAUACACGACAAACAAUUGUAGUUGGUGAUAACAAUAAUUUACGUAAAAAGAAAAAGUCAAUAAAGAACAUCACUUGUAACGUAGUUCAAAUACCACCACCAACAACUGUAUUAAUUAAUGGUGAUCAUACGCUUAAAAAGAAAAAGCCAACUACAGAUAUCACUUGCAAAGUCAUUCCACCCGCCCAAAAAGCGGAGUGGACGAAAUUGUUAUACCAUGGUGCUACAGACCGCGUCUUGAAUCCGCGAAAUUUGUAUUUGUGGAUAAUGCCGGCAACAAAUGAGGUCUUUGUUGAAGAACUAAGACGAAUUGUUGAAAAAACCGUGCUAGGAGAGCCGGUCCCCGCACAAGAAAGCAUGCGUUUCGAACUGCUUAGGAGUUGCACGUACAGGACUUUUCCAAAAGAUGGUAAACCUGACGUCAGAAAGUUAGCAGAGGCUGGUUUUUAUUACGCUUCAAACAGUGAUGAAGUGAUAUGCUACUGCUGUUAUAAACGUAUAAGUAAUUGGAAAGCAGAUGAUGAUCCCAUGGCUAUCCAUCGGAGAAUUUCACCGGAAUGUCGUUUUUUUACUGAUGCGGCGACCGUAAAUGUAACAAAGGAAUUUACAGCCCAAGUUGAAUCAGAAAUCAUGGCCAAAAUCCAAGGCGGGCGUCAAAGAAAUACCACCACACAAAGUGCACAACUUCAAACCAGAAAAGAUUCUCAAAGUGCAGGGAAUAUUGCAGAUGCAGGUGUUUCUCUGCGCCAAAGUCAACCAGCACGAGCUCAUGGGCAGUUUGCAAUGGCCCACAGCGGUGAAACAUCUUUACCCAUGCACCAGCCGCCGGUUAACACGCGGGAAUCUACGAAAUAUCUGUCCAUGAUGCCACAAAUGGCGCGGAAUGAAACCGCGCCACCAAACAGGUCGCAUUUCCAGACAGGAGUGUUUGUGCCUCAGGACAAUUUUAGGGUUCCUGUCAUCGACACUAGAGCUGUGCAGCCAUCCGACGACACCCCAGGUCAAGAUACCGUCAUUGACGAACAUGUUCGAGAAACGCUUUUCCGCAUAGAGGAGGUGUCAACGUCUGUAGCCACCUCAUCAGCACGUGCAGAAACAUCUCGUGCAACAACGGAACAGCCUGAAAGAAGUUUAGACUCUUUGAUACGGUCAGAUGCAUCUGUGCUCGUUCAGGGCAUGGGCUACGAGUUACCAAUUGUCAGACGAGCGCUUACAAAUCUACUUGAAAGAGGUCAGACACGUCCAGACGCACAGGAAAUAAUGAACGAAAUAUUCCUAAUAGAAGAUGGAACUACUAAUUAAUAUUUUGAAAUAAUCGCCAUGAUUGAUGAUUCAGACACGUCCAGACGCACAGGAAAUAAUGAACGAAAUAUUCAAAAUAGAAGAUGGAACUACUAAUUAAUAUUUUGAAAUAUUCGCCAUGAUUGAUGAUGCAGACACGUCUAGACGCACAGGAAAUAAUGAACAAAAUCUUCCAAAUAGAAGAUGGAACUACUAAUUAAUAUUUUGAAAUAAUCGCCAUGAUUGAUGAUGCCGUUUCUUUGUGUUGUUUAAUAUGUUUUCUGCUUUUAAUUGUGUAAUAUGUACAUGCAUAUGAUGUUGAUUGCAGACAUUUGCAAUUCUAUUAAAACGAUGUCAUACAUUUAUGUCAGAAUGUAUUCCUGUAUUGAAACAAUCAAAUGCAAAUUUCAGAUAGUGAUACUAAAGUACUUUUUUAUUUUUAUUUAUUUUGUUUUCGUUUAUAGUUGUGCUUGAUGUAUAUGUUCAUUAGGUAUUUUGUCAUUUGGCACAGUUAUGGUGUCAAUGAUUUUUUUUAUCCUUUAGUUAUUAUCCCCCGCCAUAGGCGGAGGGCUAUUGUUUUGGCGUUGUCCGUGCGUCCGUCUUUCCGUCCGUUCGUCCGGCACUUUUGUGUCCGGAGCCAUAUCUUGGAAGUGCUUAGGCGGAUUUCAUUGAAACAUGUUAUGAGUAUAUAUAUAUGGAUAAAAGGAUAAUGCACGCCAAAUUACAUUGUACACCAUCAGUUAAUACUGGAGUUAUGGCCUUUUGUAUCUUGAAAAAAUGCUUUUUGUGUCCGGAGCCAUAUCUUGGAAGUGCUUUGGCGGAUUUCAUUGAAACUUGGUAUGAGUAUACAUAUGGACAAGAGGAUGAUGCACGCCAAAUGGCAUUGUACACCAUCUGUUAAUAAGGGAGUUAUGGCCCUUGGUAUCUCGAAAAAAAAUGCUUUUUUGAGUGUCAAAUAUAACACUUUUGUGUCCAGAAAGCAUAUUGGCGGUGGAUAUCAAUUCAACGAAUUUGCUUGUUUUAAUUUCACUUAUGUUUAAAUGUCUGAUAUAUUGCGAGUGAAGUCGUGAUACCCAUCAGUAUUAAUGCACGAUGACCUUUUUGAAUGAACUGUGUAAGCAUAUUUCAUGAACAAUAUAUAUGUUGUAUACGCUAUGUUUUGUAUCGGGUGCAUCUAAUUAGUUUAUGGUAAGAUGUAUUGUCAGUGAGAAGAUCGCUUUUUAUGUCUGCAAAAUUGGAAAGUUAACGCACAGAAAAUCAGCACAUGUAUGUUUUCAAUAAUUGCAAAAUUAGCAUGAGCAUUUUGUCUUGAGCACCCAUAAGAUUCAUUUAAAGUCGACAGCGCUAUUUACCAAUUAUUAAUUUACUUAAUUUAGUAAUACACAAUCUAUAAACAUGUUUAAAUAUUGUCAAACUUGUUUAGAUAAGUCCUUAAACAGAAAUAACGCAUCACCAACGCAACGACAUACGGAAUAUUUUAAUUAUUUCAUAAUACAUGUUAUGAUUUUUUAUAAAUACAAAUUUUGUAAACAUAGCUCAUGUAUCGCCGGUAAAAUGCAAUAAUUUACAGAUCAUUAAUAUUUGUACUUUUCUUAAAACACGAAUAUGUUCAAGAUAUCUGUAAGCAUAUUGACCAUUGCUUACUACAAGUCAAAAACAGGAAUAUAUGAUAGGCUAAACUUUCUAAAUGAACAAGCGUGCCUUUUUUAUCAGCAAUCAAGCUUAAAAUAAUUGUUUGUUGUGUAAUUGUCCCAUUGUCCCCGACCAUUGGUGUGCAUUUAACAUUUUGUAAACGCAAUUAUUGUGUGAAUAUUGCAAUUUACAUUUACUCCACUCGUCUCUCACAAUUACAUAAAUAUGUUUUAUUUCCUUACCUAAUAUAUUUUUCCCCACAAUUAUGGCAAUAUAUUUUAGUGUCGCACCUCCUUUGCUCUGACUUGUGUCAUUUGCAAAUAACAAGAAUGCCGCAGAUACCGUGUCAUAGAAUAAUAUAAAUUAAACCAUGUUGCCUAACCGUUAACCGUUCAAUAGUGGAAGGGAUGACAUGUUAAAGCAAUUUCAAUUUGCAUUCAUUUCUAUCACAAUCAUAUUUUCGCCUUUGAGAAGAACAUGAGCGUGACAAGAAAACCAUUGUACAUAGAGUUUAAACUUUUGUUCACAUUGUACUGUGUUAUAUAUCGAAUGUUUUAUGUAAUGGGGUGCUUGAACAUUUGCGGAAUUAUAAUGUGUGUUUUUUAAAUCACAAUUUGGCUUCUUACUUAAGUCAAAAAAAGUACGCUUGGUAUCACAAAGGAAUAUGUCUUUGUGAUAUUUAUGCGUGUUCCAAUUUCAUCGUACAAAAACAAUGCAAUAUAUUUCAUGCAAGCGAAAAAACAACACGCCAUCUUAUGGUGAACAAUCUCUGUUAACGAGUGUUCUUUGUAUAAUAAUAUUCAUGUAUUAUGUAGAUAAUAUUCAUAUUAACAUGUCAAAUUAUAAAUAGACAAGAACAAAAGCCGAUUAAAAAAGAAUUACCCAUAGAUGAUACUGGUAGUUUCAUCAUUAACAUUUCUAUUUUAUUGUAGCAUGCCGUUAUCCACAAUACAAUUAGCACCCGAUUAUAGUGACUAGCACUAAUGAAUAGAGUUUCAAUUUGAUAACUGUAUUAAAACCAAAGACAAUUGUUUCUAACGAAUGCAAAAUAUAUCGUUCGGUCUAGUAGUUAUGCUCCAUAAUUCCAUGAAUCGGUCAGAUAAAACAAUAAAAAAGUGACGACUUUGUAAAUAUUUAAUAAAAUUGAAAUAAUA